CUCCCCUCCCUCCCCCUCCCUUGCUCCCUCCGCUCUCCGCAGAUCCCGGCUUUUUCCCGCUCUUCCCUCACAUCACAACCAUGGAGCACUUUGACCGCGAGCAGGCCCGUAAGUCCGUCCGCGCGCUGAUCGCCUACACCGAGAAGCAAGCUGAGGCCUCCAGCGCCGUCCCAGUUGAGACCGACAAGAAGGGCAAGAAGGGCAAGGCCACCGCCGAGGCGGUGCCGGCCAUCAAGCCGCUCCCCACCAACAACCUGAUCGACGACAGCCUGCCCAUCCAGCUGAUUGUCUCGGUGAAGAACAUCCCCGCUCGUGCGGACAACCGCCCCAUGACCAUCCCCCUCAAGCACUCGAUCUACAAGAAGGCCGAGGUCUGCCUCAUCACCAAGGACCCCCGCCAGGAGUACAAGGACCUGCUGGUGACCGAGAAGGUCAAGGGCAUCACUCGCGUCAUGGACGUGUCCCAGAUCAACAAGGAGUUCCGCCCGUAUGAGGCCAAGCGCAACCUGGCCGCCGCCUAUGACCUGUUUCUCGUGGACCUGCGUGUGAUUCGCAUGAUGCCCAAGGCCCUGGGCUCCCCCUUCUACUCGAAGAAGAAGCAGCCCAUCCCCAUUUCUCUCACCACCGAGGAUCUGGCCGCACGUGUGGAGGAGCUCCUCUCCUGCACCUACAUGUACCACGGCCAGGGCGCCUCCAGCAGCGUGGUCGUCGCCAGCACCAAGAUGUCCGAGAACCAGAUCUACGAGAAUGUUGUCCAUGCCAUCCUCGCUGUGGCUGGCCAGAUCCCCCGUGGUUGGGCCAACAUCCAGAGCAUCCACGUGAAGACCACUCACUCGGUGUCGAUCCCGAUCUUUGUGGCCAAGCCCGACCUUGUCCGCAAGAUUGGCAACUAAUGUGGCUGUCCGCUUCUCCCUUCUCCCCCCCCCC